AUGCUUCGAUCUGCUCGUUCUUUAUCGCGUUUGCUAAAUGGCAGCAGAAAGGUAUGACUCACAUAAAGAAAACUGUCAUUUUUGAGAAGAUGCAUUGAUUUUACCUUACAUGACCAGUGCUAGUGAACCUAAGUUGUAGAUUUCCAAUAAAGAUUCUCUGUUGUGUGUCUUGCUUCUUCCGUUGCGUCGUUUAUCACCGUUAGCCAUAGCAUAUUGCCUCUAAAUUGAAUACUUAAAUUUUUUGCGCACUUAAGACACUAGACCCAGAGUUAGUGAUCAGUACUUGUGGUAAAUUCUAAUCUUCUAAAAUGUAUACUUGGGUUUGUCCAUUAUUUAUCACCCCCAUCCCCCUUGGUUUUCCCUCCCCGUAAACAGAUGGCUGGAAUAUUGGAACCCUCAAUUUUUUUUCAGUGUUCUCAGAAAAUUGACAACCAAAGGUUGCUAAUUAUGAUUAUAUUAUAACAAUUAUUGUGAUAAUAGUGAUAAACAAAAAUAAUGAUAAUAUUAAUAUUAUUAAUUAAAAUAGUACUAAUAUGAGGCUUGGCAUGAUGCGAAGAAUUAUGCAGAUUGAUGAGGGAGUUAGCCUCCUCUACCGUUAACCCUUUGAGAUCUGACUAAUUCUUCAAAUCAUACAAAACCAAAUCCAAUUAUAAUAUUGUAUGUCUUAUCAUUCAUUAAAAAUUUUUCAGACAGCACUCUUGGCAUCAGUGCAGAACAGGUAUUACAGUAAUGGCAACAUUGUAAGUAUCAAUAACGUAAAUCUGCUUUGUACCAUUACUUUUGGUCAUGCAUAUUCUUCUGCUUCAACCAAAUAAUCAAACAGUAAUAAUCAUUCAUGUUUAAUAAAACAAGGGAUAUGGAAAUUCAAUGGUUUAAUGUGAUUAUCUUGGUACAAGAUUUAACUGUUUGUGUUAUUGUCGAUGGGUGUUUGUAAACACUGAGAUAAGUUCAUGUACCUCUAAUUCAAUAUUUUUUAGCCUGCAGUUACCAAGAUGUUUAUAAAUGGACAGUUUGUGGAGUCAUCAACAGACAAAUGGCAUGAUGUUCACAAUCCAGUAUGUACUGUUCUUGGAAAUCUAAGCUAAGUGCACUAGUGCAUUUGAUUGAUCUUAUUACAAAAUGCCUUUCAAUAAUUCUACGAGUCACUGUGAGUCACUCUUUUGGAAUAUGGUAAAUCGUUUCCAUUGAUGAUUAAAAUUCAAGGAAGGUUGUCAAAGAUCGAAACAUUUCUUUCUCUGUUUGUGCUUUCUAAGCCUUGUUAUCAAGCUGAAUUUUGAUAUAUCAAAAGGCACCCAUUGUUUUACUGUAAUUUAAUGCAACAAAUAUGUGAGAUAACUAUUUACAUUUGACAAAAUAUUUCCAACAAAAUCCAAGAAAAAGUGACACGGAACACUAUAAGACUGGUCUGACAUGAUUGUUUAAGUUAUUUGGUUUGUUUUUCUCUUUAACAGGCAACAAAUGAAGUCAUUUCUCGAUGUCCAGAGUCAACUUUAGUUGAGAUGGAAUCUGCUGUUGCCGCAGCUAAAGCCGCUUUCCCUGCGUGGUCUGAAAGCUCAGUUCUAUCACGCCAGCAAGUCAUGUUUAGCCUUCAGCACCUUAUCAAGAAACACAUGGUAAGAACAAAAUGUAUAUCUUAACCCAUCACCAGUCACAUUGAAAGAUACCCUAACUCUUUAAGCCCUAAGAGUGAUCAGCAUGAAAUUUCUUCUUGUAAUUUCAACCCUGCUUGCUUUAGAGCCUCCAACAGCUCAGUAUAGUUCGAGUAUCCAAACUAGAACUUGGAGGGUCUUAAGUUCAAUUCUUAACUGAAGCUUUGUUUUUUUUUAGCCUUGUGGUGGUGUAAAAAUAUCUCCUUCUUCCAAAGUAUCAAUUAAUGUAAAAUAUUAUGGAAUAAUGUUAUGAUUACCUUGCAUAAAUUUACUGGACACCACUGCUUAUUUUUUGUCCUUGAUAACAGAAUGAAAUUGCUGAUCUUAUCACAGCGGAUACUGGCAAAACAACACCUGAUGCCCUUGGCGAAGUACAACGAGGAUUACGUGAGUAAAUUUGUUCACGUAAUACAUAUGAUAAUAACAUUCAAUUUGAAAAUGGUUUUCACAUGGCAUGUUAUUCUGUUGCCUGCUGGUACAGUGCUGUAUGAGUCCAGUUCAUGGCCAUGAGCUUCUUUUGACACCAUUUGUAUGGUUCACAUCAUCUCCUUUGCACUUUUAUCUACUUUAUGCUUUCAGGCUUAAUUGCACCUAAAGUUAAUAUAGAUUUCUAUGACUUGGUAUAUUUGUCCCAAUAUUUAACUAUUGAUUUUUAGAUGUAGCAAGAUCCAUGUUAUGUUAGUGUUAGGAAUAAACAUUGGCUGGACAGAGAGCCAACCUCCAGAUUUUUCAGUUUUGGAAACUUGAAUGUAAAAAUAAUGUUCAGUUUCUUUUCUGCUGAGUGAAGCAAAAGAGAAUAGAACAGAAAUUCAAAUUGUUCACAAGAGAGAAUCAUUAAAUAGUUAAUGCUGACUCCAUCAAUUCUUCCUUUUUUUCAGAGGUUGUUGAACAUGCCUGCUCAGUCACUUCACUUCAGAUGGGUGAAACAGUGUCACAGAUCACCAAGGAUAUGGAUACCUACUCAUACAGAGUUCCCAUAGGAGUCUGUGCAGGAAUUACACCGUAUGUAAAUUUUUGUAAAUUUGUUUAUUUUUGGUGGAUUGUUCUUGCUGAAAAAGCUUGUUAAAGGUUACAAAGUAAGGGGAAGCAAUCAGGUGAUUGCAUCUACUCAGGUUAAUUCCACAUUUGGAUGAGAUAGGUUUGUGUUGAAAUCCUGAUUGUUCUUGCUUUCAAUUUUUCGGUAAAGCAUCCAAUUUGGUAUUGUUAUGGAAACCUGUUUUUGUAGUUACAUGGACACUACAGCUUAAGAACUGGUCGGAAAAAAGAAUACAUUAUUUUUUGUCAAGAUUAGUGGAAAAAAAAGCAUAUUUAUCAUUUUUUUCUCUCUCCAGGUUUAAUUUCCCAGCUAUGAUUCCAUUGUGGGUAAGUAAAGGAUUUAAUGUAAAAGCUGAUGUAUUUCCUUUGAGCUAAUACCGAGCCUGACAGGUUUAAGAAAUACACGCUUCUUGUUUUUUAAAUCAAGUAGUUGAUACUACUAAGCAACUCAGUCCUGCCCAGUUCCCAGUUGCCUUGUGAGCUCAUUUAGUUCAAGCACUGCUCAGAGGUCAAGGGUUUGAAACUUAUAAAAGUCAAAAUUGCUUCAGGCUUCCUUUUGGCAAUUAAAAACGUUGCCUCUAUAGCUGUGAUGAUUGUCUUUAAAUUUAAUUCCUGAUCCUGCAGUUCCAAGACAAGUUCACAUAUUCAUUACUUAAUUUUCCUCCUUUCACGGGUUAUAACGUAACAACUGCAUAAACAGUUUCAGUUGGUUUGUUACCUUUGGAGCGCUGCAUAUUACAAAGGUCAAAAGUGCAAAUCUUAUACAAUUUUUUCUGUCUCUCUAAAAUGUUGUGCAAAAUUGGCAUCAUAUAAUUGACAUCCUUUUUGCAUCUGACAAGACUUAUUAGUCCCGUUUAAUCUUUUGCCUUUUAUUUGUUCACAGAUGUUUCCCAUGGCAUUAGUUUGUGGCAAUACCAUGGUGAUCAAACCUUCCCCAAGAAAUCCAUUAGCCCCCAUGUUUAUAAUGAAGCUUGCUCAAGAAGCGGGUGUCCCUGAUGGCUGUAUCAACGUUUUCCAUGGAACUGUUGAACGUAAUAUUUCCACUUUCUCUUCUGUUAUUUUUAUAUAGAGCUUUGCAAAUUAUUUCAUAAGGGGAAAUGUUUUGGAAAGCUAGUAAUAAUGAGUAAGAGUUGUUAAGGGUUUCAGGACCUUGUAAAGGUGUUUAGACCAUUCUGGAAAUAGCACCAAAUUCAACUCAAUCUCAUAUUUCAGACAGUUGAAGUUUUUGAAUGCUAGGAAUUUGAUUGUUCUCACAGAAAGCCUAAGUAACCACUGCAUAAAAAAAAGUUUUUUUCCAACCUUAAUAGGACCAUUUAUACGAGGAAAAAUAAGAUGUGUCUUAAAUAAGACGCGAACUGGACCAUUUAUACGAGCAUGUCUUAUCUAAGUCUUCUGUAUACUUAAACUUACUUUUAAAGGGUAAGUUUAUAAUACGAAGAUAGCAAUUUCAUUAGCAAUUAUAAAUUGUGAUGGUUUAAAGUUAAAAGGGUCUACUUACACAAGCAGAUGUCAUGCAUUAAUUUUGUCCAGGAGGUCUGUUAUCGCCUUCUCCUUACAUUAUAACAAAAAAUCUUUUUCCUCUGCAAUGGACCAAGUGUUUCUUUUUGCCUCUAACGGCAUGCUCAUUGUAUUUGAGCGAAGAAAAAAUAAAGCAGAAUAGACAAGGAAACAAAAACACGUUGUAAUUUGUAAACAAUUUUUUCCCGCCAGUGGCCUGCCAGUCCACCGCGGGGCAAGCGAUAAUUUUUCCGCCAAAAAUUAACGCAUGCGUACUAUGCAUUCGGGUCUUAUGUAAGAUGCGAAGGUCAUUUAUACGAAGUUUUUAUCGUCUUAGCUAAGAUGCGUCUUAUCUAAGAACAGGUGUUAAGGGCUGUUCUAAAAUAAGACGCAUCUUAGCUAAGUUGCAUCUUAUUUUAGACAAGAUGUGCCGUUUAUACAGAAAGUGCACAUCUUAUCUAAGACGCGUCUUAUUUUUCCUCGUAUAAAUGGCCCUAAUGUUGUUUGCUUCUCUCUGUAAAAACAUUGCAUAAGAUUUUAUUAUCGAUUAACAGGAUCUUCAAUGAAAUAAUUGAUUGCUAAUGGCUUUAGGUGCUUUUGUGUUGAUCUGUUGAUUUGAUAAUGAGUUGUUUCCAAUUAUAUUAAUACAUAACGUUAAGGUUUGGUCAUGAAAAUUGGAGCUUGAAUUUGAGCUUUAGAUUCAUUAAACAUUACUUAAAAAAACGUUGGUGAAUUGUUAAUAGUAUUUUGAAUGUUUUGUAGCUGUCAGAUUCAUCUGUGAGCAUCCUGAUGUUAAAGCAAUUUCGUUUGUUGGCUCUGAUCAAGCUGUAAGUGCAAGCUUUUCCGUCAUAAAUUCUGUUGUUCUCAACUAACACCAUUAGGCAUUUAUUUCAUUUAUUAUCUAUAAUUCUUAUUUUUCCAGGGAAAAUACAUUUAUGAGACUGGCUCAAAAAAUGGAAAAAGAGUUCAAUCAAACAUGGUAAGACAAACUUGUAGUUGAAUGAUUUGUUUUGCAAUGUAACACAAUAAAAACUGACAUAACAGAAAAAUUAAGCUUCAUAAUGUGGACUAUGUUCUACUUACACUCUUGUGUCACAGUCUGAGAUAAGCUUCUUUGCAAAAAUCUGGCAAAGAGUUACUACAACAGACUUGUCUGAACUGCUGCACAACGAAGGGCAAAAGGACCGGUAAAAUAUGGGGUGUGAAACCAAGGAAUUUGUUAAAUGGGUGUUCAUUAAAUUGAGGUUUCACUGUAUUUUUUUUUCUUUCAGGGAGCAAAGAACCAUGGAGUCAUAAUGCCAGAUGCCAACAAAGAAAAUACCAUCAAUCAGGUUUGGCUUGCAUAAUACUGUACUAACUGCCUCGCUUAAGUGGAUGGUGGGUGCCUGGGGUAGAUACCCAGGGACUCCCACCAUGGCCAGCCAAGCUAGCCCCUAGAUAGGAUACUGCCCCCAUGGCUGGCAAAUCCCCACAAUCCAGUCAUGAGCGCCCAUUCCAGGCACCUGUCAUACUGAUGAAACAGUGGAAGGAAGAAACAUAGGGGAUGGGGGAAGAUGCUAAAACAACCACUUCACAGACCACUACACAAACGCUCAGUGAAGAACUCAAAGAUCCUAGGUUGAAUGGGCUUGCCCUCUGGAUGCCUGCUAAGCUCGUGGACUGCUUGCUCACUAAGCUCAUGUUCGUUAACUUAGUUAAUUUCAUUAAAACAAAUUUAACCUGUAGUGAAAUGCUUGUUUUCUUUUUGAACCUGUUCACAUUCACUUCAUACUUUUCUCAUAAAGUGACAUAAGUGGUUGCCAUUGUAAUGUUUCAGCUCAUUGGGGCAGCUUUUGGUGCUGCUGGCCAGAGGUGCAUGGCACUCACUACUGCAAUAUUUGUUGGUGAAAGCAAAGACUGGAUUCCUGAUGUUGUAGCCAAGGCAAAGGAACUCCAAGUUAAUGAGGGUAAUCUGUCAUUGUGUUAAUAAUAUACUCAUACCUUGAUUAAGUAAAAAUGAUUUUUGUUGAUGUGGUUAUUAAACAUGUGCGAGCAACCUACAAACAACGAAUAGCUAUGUGGGUACCCACCUGCACCAUUGGGAAAGGUUGGGUUUGUGCAGGCAGUUUUUAACUGCCAGUGUCAAUUGUGCUGUGUGAGAUCAUUCAGUAGCACCCUUUUGUUAAUCAUUGUCUUUGUGUGCUGCUUUCAUUUGAUUGUUCGAAAAUUAAUUUGGUUGGUUUUGUUUGUGUCAUAUUGCUUGUAUAGUUUUCUGGAGAACCAUGAAGUACAUUAUUUCCGUUUUGUUUUCCAAAACGCUUUGUUUAGGCCAUCAGCCAGGUGCAGAUCUCGGGCCUGUUAUUUCCCCGCAAGCCAAGGAGCGCAUCUGUAAUUUGGUACAGUCUGGUGCUGAUGAAGGUGCCAAGGUACGAGAGACCAGCUAUUCACUAACCCUUUAAGCUCCAACAUACAUCUUCUCCACACUGUUCGUCAUAAAUUUUUUACGGUAUUGCUGGAGAGAAUUUGUUCCUUCAUCAAGACUAUUCAUCUUUGGUGAUCAUUAUAUUUUCUCUCAUGACCUGUAUGUUUGAUCAAGCAUCACUAUUUCUUCUUGGCUAGACUUUCUUUUGAAAUUGUCGAAAAUUGUUAUCAAUGGAAAUUUUACUCUAAUGUUGCCACACUUACGUUUGGCUCGGAUUUGAUGUAUUUGAUUCUUCGUUAACUUUUGUACGUCAUUCAUUCCUUCAUUCCUUCAGCCUUUUCCGCAAGUACUAUAAAAACAAGACAAAGCAACCUCACUCAUUGUCUGAAAAUUACUUGAUGCUGACUGAUCACAUUUCCUUGUCUCUUAGAUUGAACUGGAUGGCCGUGAUGUUAAAGUCAAAGGUUUUGAGAAAGGAAACUUUAUUGGACCUACUAUCGUGUCUAAUGUCACAGUAAGUGGAAGUUUUAUGGGUGCGUUUUUCUUACGCUGAGUGACACCCCAACUUUUCGCUUUUUCUCGCGUUUAUCAGGCGAGCUAUUCCCCGUCGCGCGAGUCUCGAGUUCCACGUCUGCUUCGUACUCGCCAAAAAACGCGAAAAAUAGCGUCUCCUUUGCUGGCUAGAGAACCCGAACAAAUAGAUCCUUGGCGGGAUCACGAGUUUGUAAAUUUUGAACUCAGAGGUUGAAUCAAUCUGUUGCAUCACUCAUUGAGUCUUUUCUUUGUUUUCAGCCGGACAUGACGUGUUACAAGGAGGAAAUCUUUGGACCUGUUCUAAUUACCAUGAAUGUAGAUACUCUUGAUGAGGUAUCAGAAUGAUCAUUGUCUAAAUAAUUCUCCAUAUAUCAUCUGUACAUUUUUAGUCGGAAGACGCUGUUUGAGAAUUAAGAGAAUCGUAAAGACGGAUUAUGGUUACUGGUUUGCCAAAAAUACUCUCUUAACUUUGGGGUGCUGUACGGCUGUUGGAGUGACGUGUUACACGGGACGAUUCGCAAUGACGAUUUUUAGCGCAACGCAACAUGGUUUGCCUUCGUUCGUUUGAAAACUGAACGCGAAAGAAUAACGCCUGUUCUGCAGGCUUCUAAGAAAUAGCCUAUUUUUAUCUUACCACUGGCGUUUGAUUCCAGGCCAUUGAAGUUGUGAACAAGAACCCUUAUGGUAAUGGAACAGCUAUCUUCACAAAUUCUGGAUCAACUGCUCGCAAGUACCAACAUAAAGUCGACGUCGGUCAGGUAUGAUUCCUAACUUGAGCUACUGUAAUUAUCUUUUCAUUUUUUCCAAAAGAUUGAGCUUCUAUUUGCUGAAACUGACGUUUGCGCCUGAGAAAAAUUGGGCUUGCAAAUUGUGCCGUUGACAACGACAGUUUUCAAACACUCGGAACGUUUCAGUAAAACUUCCUAAAAACUGAGUACUAAAAUUAACAACGCGUUGAUUUCUAGUACUUUGCUUAGCUUUUUGUAAAUUUCUUGUUGUUUCCUUUGAAAAAUUUUUAUUUUUUACAUUCUCGAUACCAAUACGGAAAAAGAAGGAACGUUAAACAGUAAACAGUCUGUUUUUAAACGGCGCAACAGAAUCAUUCCUUCUUGUAUAUUUGUGGGCGGCUUUAGUGACUGAUUUGUCUUAUUACCAUGGUGAUAGACUUCAAUAGCUAAGGUCAGUUAUAUACUGAUGUUUUUAUCCCCAGGUUGGAGUGAAUGUCCCUAUUCCCGUUCCUCUUCCCAUGUUCUCUUUCACCGGGUCACGUGGAUCGUUCUUGGGAGACUCUCACUUCUAUGGAAAACAGGUAACUUCCCUCGCCCUCUUGGUUUCUCCCCUAGGGGGGUGGGAGGGGGGGGGGGCAGGCGUAUUUCCGAACAGUGGCUGGUAAUCGAGCCUCAAGUAACUCGCUCGUUACGUAAUAUUUCAAACAGGAGACGUAGUACUUUGUAUUCAGUUCUAUAAACCUAUUUACUAAGUGAAGAGUACCAAACGUUGGCGUGAAAUUAGAGUACAAGAGUCUUGCCUCAAAGUAAAGCAAAAAAUUGUAUUUAUGGUGUCAUUAAUAUUCUUAAGAUAUCGAGAAAAUCUAAGCUGAGGAGUUUUUUCAUUUUUCCAGGGAAUCAACUUUUACUUGGAAGUAAAGACAAUAACAAGCCUCUGGAGAGACGAAGACGCAGGGACUAUAAAGGCUUCUACAGCCUUCCCCACCAUGAAGUAA